UUCCGUUGUGAUCGACAGAAGAAAACGCUAUGUAAAGUUGUCAUAAUAAUCGUUUACUGAAGAAGGCCUUUGGCCGAAAUAUUUAAUAAAAGAGUAAAUGUGUGAAGUUUUUAUAAAAUCAAUACUUAGAUCGCGCAGACGUGUCGUUCGUGAGCAUGAGUAAUAAAUAAUAAUAGCACAGCUAGUGUAACUGUUUGAGUGGAAAUUCACGUUCUAUCGUUAUUUCCAAACUGUUGAAUUGGAGCCCAACUAUUUGACUCGACAGAGUGACAUAUUAGUUGUGAUAUGGCUCAGCAAGUGUCGGUGCACAACGAGACGGUUUUAGCCUCACUUACACCCGGGGACUUGGUUGAGUUCAAAAGAGGCUAUUAUUCGCACUGGGCCAUCUACAAAGGAAACUGCAAGGUCGUCCAUCUGGCUGGCGACGAAAAUGACGGCCUAAACGCUAACCUGAACUCCGGUAACAUCUUCACUAUUUGCGGCAAACGAUUCAACAAGGCCUUCGUCCGUGUCGACGAUUUCUGGGAGGUUGCCGGCGAGUCAAAAGCCUAUAAAAACAACUCGCAUGACGGUUCUAGCACCCCAUUGUCUCCUGAAGAAGUCAUAGAAAAAGCCAUGGAAAUGAUUGGUGAGAUCGGUUACAACCUACUGUGGGGAAAUUGUGAACAUUUUGCAAAGUUUUGUAGAUACGGGAAAGCAAAAAGCAAACAGGUGGACAAUGUCUUCACAGCUGCUGCCGUCGCUGGUGUAGCCGCGUUGGGCGCGUUAUUUUUGUCCAAAAUGUUUGGGCCGUCCAAAAAGGAAGAUAAAAUCGAAGAAAAAUAAUUAGAGCCUAUGGACUCUGUUGUCCAAAAAGUACUUUGUUUGCGUCCACUUUAUAUGGUCGGACGGUUGGUGAAAACAAACAACAUGUUGGGCAUAAGAAAACAAUUCGCUUCUUUUGUGUUGGUGUGCAUAACUUUCUAAUUUAGUGCAAACUUGACCAUGUCAUGCUCUUUUGUUGUUUAUGAUGUUGUAAAUAUACAAUUAAUAACUUUUUUUAAAUGCUUUAUUAAUGAAAACACAAUAGCAAUUUUUAUCUGAAUCUUAUCUUAAUAGAUCUAUAUCUGAAAGUCGUUUAUACAUAUUUAAUAAAAUCUUGAAUUUUGUAAAUAAAUGUGCUUUUAAAUUAAUUGUACUUACAGUAACAGACAUUAACCAAUUAAAGUUUUGUUUGUUAAUGAUACUGUUGUGCCCUGAGACAUGUAUUAUUGUAAUUUAGUAUUAAUUGUCAAAAGUGCUUUACUUUUGUUCUCAUUUGAUUGUGAUAUAUAUCUAUUUGUAUUACAAUGUUGAUGAGGUAUUUCGAAUGAUGGACUUUUACUAUAAUAAAUAGUAAAUAACAAUUAUUGUAUACGCAAUUUCCAAGCAGUCAAUACAAUUUAUCAUGCGUUUUAAUUAAAUUAUAUGUGUUAUAAAAAAAUAAGAAGCAUAUAAAGGAGUAUAAUGAGGCGAUGUAAAAGGUACUAUCAACUUUACUCAUGUACGUACGCAAUGCAUUUAAUGAAUAUCUUCCUUUUAACAUCACACAAGGACUUGAAGAAAUAUGUGUAACUGUGUUGUGCUAUGACAUUUCUUAAUACAACAUAACUAUAUCAAACAUUAAACAACUAUGUUCGAUUCCUAAUUCAAAAGAUAUGCGAUGAUUACAGACGUUCUGUAUUCAUUAAUACAUUUCUAUAAGCGUCACUGUACUUAUUGGAUGAAAAUUAAGCCUGUCAACAAUAAUUUAUAUCAUAUAAACUGUUUUAGUUUAGUAUUUAGUAGGUCACACGGGUUAUUUUUAUUUAUGUUGCAUUACUAUUUGCUAUUGUAUCUCGUGUAUAUCGACAUGUAUGCUAACCCGAUAUAUCUACAUAGUACAUACAGUAUUAUUGUUGCGAUACAAUCUUUGUGUGACAGUUUUAUUGCAUUGAUUUUCUAUGAAUACGUUUAACUCGAUAUGAUAAUGUAUAUUGAUGUAACCAGUCACAAAUGCAAUUUAAAAGUUGUCUCCCUUG